AGAGGGGGCAGACAAAGGGUAAAAUCUGGGCAGAGAACAUUAGUGGAUAUGAGAACGAAAGAAAGUGCUGCAAGAUCUUGCAGACAGCUGAGUUCCACCUUCCCCUCUACUGCCGAACAAAGUGAGGCAGGAAGAGGGUAGGGACUCGCUGAAAGCUAAACACCAAGUCAGUGACAGAUCCAGGGCUGUAAAGUCCGACCGAGAUUGAAACAAUGUACACUGGGCGUCAGUCCCAACGCGAGCUUGCUCCAGCUCUUCCAGCUCUUCCUGAGCGCUAGGCCCAUCUGGCCUCACGCUGAUCUCCGGGCAGACUCUGUCGCGCAACUGGCACAGAUCGUGACGACAACCCUGCGGCAAGGCAGGAGUGGCCUUCUUCUCCGCCAGGGUUAAGAACAAGACAGAACUAUCUCUGUUUCUGGCUCCACUGCCUGCCAGUGAAGGAGUUUUCAUUCAGACUUUCCGAAGAGAGGUGGAGAAACCUAAAGACUGAGGAGAAGAGAUCCUUUGGGCCAGAUGGGGCAUUAGUUCUUCUGCUUUUCUCAGCAUGGAUAAACCCUUUCCUCAAGGAUUUUCUCAUGUGCCCUGAGAUCCAUGUAACUACAAGGGCUCCUCUUUAUCACCAUAAGUGCCACCCUGACUUAAAACCACUCAGAGCUAAAAAAUCAAGGCAAAAUGGAUGCUGCGGUGACAGAUGAUUUUCAACAAAUUCUGCCUAUUGAACAGCUGCGCUCUACUCAUGCUAGCAAUGACUAUGUGGAACGGCCUCCAGCCCCCUGUAAACAGGCCCUCUCCAGCCCUUCCCUUAUUGUGCAAACCCACAAGUCUGAUUGGUCUCUGGCUACCAUGCCUACUUCUCUCCCCCGCAGUCUCAGCCAGUGCCAUCAACUGCAGCCCUUGCCUCAGCAUCUGAGCCAAUCUAGCAUUGCCAGCUCAAUGUCCCAUAGCACCACUGCCUCUGAUCAAAGGCUCUUGGCCAGCAUUACACCCUCACCUUCAGGCCAAUCCAUCAUCCGAACCCAACCUGGAGCAGGGGUCCACCCAAAGGCUGAUGGUGCUCUGAAGGGAGAAGCUGAGCAAUCUGCAGGGCACCCUACUGAGCACCUCUUCAUCUGUGAGGAAUGUGGGCGCUGCAAGUGUGUCCCCUGCACAGCAGCUCGCCCUCUCCCCUCCUGCUGGCUGUGCAACCAGCGCUGCCUUUGCUCUGCUGAGAGCCUCCUCGAUUAUGGCACUUGUCUCUGCUGUGUCAAGGGCCUCUUCUACCACUGCUCCACUGAUGAUGAAGACAACUGUGCUGAUGAGCCCUGCUCUUGUGGGCCUAGUUCUUGCUUUGUCCGCUGGGCAGCCAUGAGCCUCAUCUCCCUCUUCCUACCCUGCCUGUGCUGCUACCUGCCUACCCGUGGAUGCCUCCAUCUGUGCCAACAGGGCUAUGAUAGCCUCCGGCGACCAGGCUGCCGCUGCAAGAGGCACACCAACACUGUGUGCAGAAAGAUCUCUUCUGGUAGUGCACCCUUCCCCAAGGCCCAGGAAAAGUCUGUAUGACCUUCCAACAAGGUGGAUCCAGAGCUUUUCUCCUUCUAGCCCCCAACAGUAAAGCAUAGGCCUCAUCUUUGUAGAGGGGGAGGAGUGAUAAACUAGCCAAAGUUAGGGCCUCUCCUCUUUUGUUCCUGCAGUGUCAGGGGAAUGACCAAGUACAUCCUGGUGCAGGAUGCCUUGUUCUUUCUCACAGUAUCUAUCCCACUCCUCUUCAGUCUUUACACCCCGCCAGCUCAGCCCUUAUGGCUGUCAUGGCAAAUUCAGGUGAUAUAUGGGUAUGAGGUUUGAACACUGAGGACUGACAGGGCCAGCAACGUGGAGGUUUAGGGGCUCCCCAAUGUAAUACCUCUCGAUGCAGGCUCUGAUCGUCACUCUGUUUUCUGCUGUGCCUUUGGAAGCUUUCUUCUAAGAUGGUUUUCACAGGUACAUGUGGAACAGCGUUCAACCUUCCAGGGAAUACGACCCCUUCUCCCUGUUACUGCCCUUCUCUUCUUUAUUCCUCUCUCCUCUUUCAUUAUUCUGUUCUGUAUUCCUUUCCCCUUCAUUCUCACCCUGUCUGCUUUUACUUUUUCUCUUUCUUCCUCCCUUUCUCCUUCUCCCCUCCUUCUUUUUCAGACUGAUCCUUUCUCUGCCUGUAUUUCUAUCUCAUUUGAUCUAUAUUUGUCUCUCUCUACCUGUCCCUCUUUCUCUAACAUGUCCAAAAGUGCUGUUUUUCCAUAGAUGUUUCCUUAGACGCCAAACUUUGCUAUGCUAUACUAUUUACUAAUUUUUAUUAAGGGAAAUGGAUUACUGUAAUGAACUGAUCACUAGCAAUAGUGUGUAUCCCGAUGUGUGUGUGUGCUCACAACCACUCUCACCUGUUUGUGAGCGCAUGAGGCGAAGUUAUCUUAUAUUUCCAGGUUUAACUAGUUGGAGUUUUUCUCCCUUUCUCAAUAAUCAACUUAUAGUGCUGACAGAUUCCACUAGCAUGCUGAGUAGGAUAGUAAAUCAGGAUGCUCAUAACUUUGUAUGUCUGACCCAAGUGCCAAAGGCAGACGUGCUUUAUAGCUAAAUGAACAAAGCAAAGGAUACAGAGGUAUGUUCUCUCUUAGAAGCUAACUUCCCUGAGACUGCAUGGCUCAGGCGUUAAUAAUGGACAUAAAAAGUCAUAAAACGUUAGAGCUGGAAGGAAUCUUAACUAUUAAUCUAGUUCAAUGCCCUUAUUUUACAGAUGGGAAAACUGAGGCCUGGAGAUAGGAAGGGACUUGCCCCCAAGGCUGCACACUGAGUUAACAGCAGAAUUGAGACUGGAAUAUAGGCCUUCUGACUCCUAGUUCAGUAUUCUUACCCCUGUACCACAUUGAGUCAUGGGACUUUUUCCUAGGGCUCUAUUAACAGUGACAGAAAGCCAUUCCCAUUCAAUUACUUUUCAGGAACCAUGCCUAGUUAGUGUGGUGGUCUUUCUCCAGUGCAUGGUGGGUAGCUAAUUAACUAUCAGGUGUUGAGGCUGCCCCCAGUGGACAUCACCUUUGGCUCUGUCACCUUGUAGAAGCUCAAGUGUGGAAAAGAAAAGCUUAAAGAAGCCCUAACCAAGCUGUAUCUUCGCCAUUGCAUCUACUCUUUGCUGCACACACUGUGCUUGCUCCUGGCUUUGUCUGCAAUGGCAGCUGCCUGAGAACUUAAAUUUCAGCAACAGUGAAAAACUGAGAUGAAAGAUGUAUAAUUUAGAGAACUGACUUCUCUCUUAAAAAGUACAGAGAGCCUGUGCUGUGAACCCCCUUCAAUGGGAAAAAGCUGCAGUGGUGAUGGCAGGCUCCUAAAGACUGCUGCUAAAAGACACAAGAAUUAUACAGUUUCCCUCUAUAAGUGAAUCCAAAAUUCACUGACGAAUUCAGAGAUUGAGGGCACUUGCUUGAAAUCAAGGUGCUCCAACUUAGUUUAAGACCUCCAGACUCUAACUUUAUAGAUCAUCUCUUCUAGAGUGUGCAUGGAUGUGUGUUGCAGGGUGGAGAAGUGGGGAGAAGUGUAUAGUCGUACACGGGGGAAGAGGGGACCUCCAUGUCCCUUUGUUGGAUACAUAUUACAGAAAUAUGUGCCGCUCACUUUUUGUUGGUUCUGAAUCUUCCUGAAGUGUACUGACAUUUGGGCUGCACAGAGCCCCACACCUUCACUUACACCUCCUCUUCUAGAAUUGCUUUGCUCUAUUUUUGUAUAUAUAAAUAUGUUAUGAUGAUUAUUAAUAAUGUUAAUGAUAUUGCUGCAAAUGGUGCCAUAUAUAAGGUUAGGCUUCUUGGAACAUUUAUAAACCCAAACCAAUACCUGUAACCUCUUAUGUUGCUUUCAGAUCCUUCAAUUUUAAGUAACUUUUUAAUCUUACAAGUCUGCUUGAUUGUACUUUACACUUAUCUACCCUGAAAAGCUCUGCCCAGUUCUCUGGGUCAAGCUGGAUGGUGAUGAGUAGCAACACACACUUCUCUGCUUCUGCCUGAAAUGUGCUUAGAGCUCAGUUAUCUAAGGAUUCUCUGACACUAGUGCAUUGUUCCUGGAGCUAAAUUAUUCUAUGGAUGUUUGCUUAUUAGUUUCAGGCCCCAAAAUAACACGAGCCCCUCCUCCUUGAUAGCUCCUUGAUAUCCCAAUCUUGCAGUCCUAACUCAGGCAAAUUGUGCACUGCCAGAGGGGCCCUGGGUUCUGCCAUAUACCCAGAGGAGCCUUUCUCAGUGUGUUUCUAAAUGGCCUUACACUUGGUAGAAGAAAUUGAAGGGUUACUCAAAUACAGUUGCAAUCUGCAAUCUGCUGUUGAGUCAGGGCUUUCACUUGUGUCCAAGUUGGCCUGAUAUGGACUGCAUCUGCUUUACGUAUAGAUGGGUCCUGUUGGGAUAUGCGCAUGGACGUGUGAGUGAGUGUGCAUAUGUAUCCCUUCUGUGAUUUUAUAUAUAUAUAUAUAUAUAUAUAUAGUAAAUAUAUAUUCACACAUCUCUAUAUAUUUUAAUGUAUUGCACAUGUAUAUUUAAAAUAUAUAUGAAAGAACUCUAAAUCCUG